AAGGGGCUGGGUGACUUGGGCAGCAUCCCUGAACGAGGCACAUGGGCUGUUCCUGGGUAGCAAUACUGGCCGCUGGUGGAGCUGCUGCUCUCUCUCCCAAGCCUGCCAAAACAAGCUCUUCAAGUUUGGGGUUCUGCUCAAAAGAAACUGAAAGCGGGAUUCCCUUGCCUGCCUCUCCGGGCUCUGCACGGGGCACGCAGCGGGGCCAGCACAGAUGGAUUUAAUUCUAGUCCUUUGGGCUUGCGUAGCCUCUGCGAGAGCAGUUGUCGGAUUUGGAAUGGAUCCCAAUUUACAAAUUGAUAUUAUCACAGAACUGGAUCUUGUGAAUACAACUAUUGGAGUUACGCAAGUGUCAGGACUACAUGCUAGCAAAGCAUUUUUAUUCCAAGAUGUAGAAAGAGAAAUCCAUGCAGCGCCCCACGUGAGCGAGAAGUUAAUUCAACUCUUUCGGAAUAAAAGUGAGUUCACGUUUCUGGCCACCCUGCAACAGCGGGCAUCAACUUCUGGAGUUGUACUGUCCAUCCGAGAGUUGGAGCACAGCUACUUUGAACUGGAGAGCAGCGGCCUGAGGGACGAGAUUAGAUAUCAUUACAGAUUUAAUGGAAAGGCAAGAACAGAGGUGUUCCCGUACCGGAUGGCAGAUGGACAGUGGCAUAAGAUUGCACUGUCACUUAGUGCAUCCCACCUUCUGCUUCAUGUUGAUUGCAACAGGAUUUAUGAACGUGUCAUAGAUCCUCCAGAAAUGAAUCUAACACCAGGAAGCAGUUUAUGGCUGGGACAGCGGAACAGGAAACAUGGUUUUUUUAAGGGUAUCAUUCAAGAUGUGAAAGUCAUCUUUAUGCCCAAUGGAUAUAUAACACAGUGUCCUAAUCUGAAUCGCACAUGCCCAACCUGCAGUGAUUUCUUAAGUCUGGUGCAAGGAAUCAUGGAUUUACAAGAGCUCUUGGCAAAAAUGACUGCAAAACUAAAUUAUGCAGAAACGAGGCUUAGUCAAUUGGAAAACUGUCAUUGUGAGAAGACUUGUCAAGUAAAUGGAGUGAUCUAUCGAGACAAAGACUCAUGGGUAGAAGAUGAUCACUGCAGGAAUUGCACAUGCAAAAGUGGAGUAGUGGAGUGCCGAAGGAUGUCCUGUCCCCCUCUGAACUGUUCUCCUGACACCCUCCCAGUGCACAUGGGAGGCCAGUGCUGCAAAGUAUGCAGGUCUAAGUGCAUCUUUGGAGGCAGAGUGUUAGCAGAAGGUCAGAGGGUUUUAACCAAGAGCUGCAGGGAAUGCCGAAAUGGAGUUUUAGUAAAAGUAACCGAGACCUGUCCUCCAUUGAACUGCUCAGAAAAAGAUCACAUUCUUCCAGAGAACCAGUGCUGCAGCGUUUGCAGAGGUCAUAACUUUUGUGCAGAAGGCCACAGAUGUGGUGAAAAUUCAGAGUGCAAAAAUUGGAACACAAAAGCUACUUGUGAAUGCAAGAAUGGUUAUAUCUCUAUCCAGGGGGACGCUGCAUAUUGUGAAGAUAUUGAUGAGUGCGCUGCGAAGAUGCAUUAUUGUCAUGCCAAUACAGUGUGUGUUAACCUGCCUGGAUCAUAUCGUUGUGACUGUGUCCCUGGAUACAUCCGUGUGGAUGAUUUUUCAUGUACAGAGCAUGAUGAAUGUGGCAGCGGACAGCACAACUGUGAUGAAAAUGCAAUCUGUACUAACACUGUCAGGGGACAUAGCUGCACCUGCAAACCUGGAUAUGUGGGGAAUGGGACCAUCUGUCGAGCAUUCUGUGAAGAGGGAUGCAGAUACGGUGGGACGUGUGUGACCCCUAACAAGUGUGCCUGCCCUUCUGGAUUCACAGGGAGUCAUUGUGAGAAAGAUAUUGAUGAGUGUGCAGAGGGGAUCAUUGAGUGUCACAACCAUUCACGCUGUGUUAACCUCCCAGGGUGGUACCACUGUGAGUGCAGAAGCGGUUUCCAUGACAAUGGAACCUACUCACUUUCCGGGGAAUCCUGUAUUGAUAUUGAUGAAUGUGCCUUAAGGACCCACACCUGUUGGAACGAUUCAGCCUGUGUGAACUUGGAGGGAGGUUUUGACUGUCUGUGUCCCUCAGGACCAUCUUGCACUGGUGACUGUCCACACGAAGGUGGCUUCAAGCGGAAUGGUCAGGUGUGGACACUGAAGGAAGAUAGGUGCUCUGUUUGUUCCUGUAAGAAUGGGAAGAUAUUCUGCCGGCGAACAGCUUGUGAUUGUCAGAACCCCAGCGUUGAUCUCUUUUGCUGCCCAGAGUGUGACACACGAGUGACCAGUCAAUGUUUAGAUCAAAAUGGUCAUAAGCUGUAUCAUAGUGGGGACAACUGGACCUACAGCUGUCAGCAGUGCCGUUGUCUGGAAGGGGAAGUGGAUUGUUGGCCUCUUUUAUGCCCAAAUCCAAACUGUGAAUACACAGCAAUCUCAGAAGGAGAAUGUUGCCCCCGCUGUGUCAGUGAUCCCUGUCUGGCUGAUCAGAUCACUUACGAUAUCAGAAAAACCUGUGUAGACGGCUAUGGAAUCACAAGACUCAGUGGUUCCAUAUGGACAAUGGCUGGAUCUCCGUGUACAACUUGCAAAUGCAAGAAUGGGAAUGUCUGCUGUUCUGUGGAUUUAGACUGUCUUCACAAUAACUGAAGCAUUAAGAUUGGACUCUUCUCUGUGAGGAAAACUGAUGCAGUUAACAUCUUAAAUGAAGUUGUAAGAGUUGAUGUUUUAUACAACAGACAAUUACCAAAGUCUCCACCUGAGGAAGAUGUUUGGGAGUUGCCUUUUGGGACCUACCACUAUGCUAUCCUUGUCUGGGUGACUUUACAGUACAAAGCAUAUAAGUCUAUGGUUGUUAAAAAAGUUUUCAGUGUUGUAAAUUAUACACUUUUCCUGUCAAAUCAUUUACAAAUACCUUUAAAUUAUUUCAUGGGUAAACUAAUGAUGUAAUUUUGGUUUAAUUUGUGUAUUGACAACAUGAUUGAAACUCAGAUUAUUUUACUUUGGAUCUAGAUUCUACAACUAAAGGCUGUCUGUUGUGAUUUUGUCCCAUAAUACUGCAUACUUAGUUCUGAGGUCCCUGUCAGAUGUAUUUAUGAAAAUAUGUAUGUAUGUACAGUCAAAUUGCAUAAUACUUAUAUUUCAUAGCUGUCACACAUUGUAAAACAUUCCAAAGUACAUUUGACCUGUACAGGCUGGGAGUAAUCAAACCUAAGUCUACCUUUAAAAAAAAAAAAAAAACAACCAAAACACACAAACGCAUUUUCUUUUCCAAACAUAUGAACUAGUAACAGAAUUCCUGUAUUGAGCAGUAAAGCACAUAUCCAGUGCCCUUUCAACACAUAUCCAGGAAACAAUGCCCCUUAUUGAUAUCAGGUUUAGCAGAGUGGUAGAGUUUGCAAGUGACACUACAAAUACUGGAUGUUGGUGGCAUUCAUCUGGAUUGUGAAACAAUCAAAGGGCUUUAAACUUGUAUAUUUAGAAUGGGGUGGGCAUGUCUAUACUGCAGUUGAACAUGCACUGCUGGUCUGUGGCAGCUGAUUUGUGGGGCUCAGGCUACUGGGCUAUAAAAUUGCCAUGUAGACAUUUGGGCUCGGGCUGGAACCUGGGCUGUGGGACCCUCCCCACCUUGUGGGGGAUCCCAGAGCUCAAGCUCCAGCCCAAACCUGAACAUCUACACUGUAGUUUUGCAGCCCGAAGCAACUGACACAGGCCAGGUGUAGCUGUUUAAAUGCUGUGUAAAAACUUACCUAGUUCCACCACUGUAGAUGAGUUCACCAUCUCUCCCAGUGUACUUACUUUCCUAUAAUGAAAUCUACCAUUCAUAACAGGCUGAACCAUUGUAGAGAUGACAAGAAAUGGUGUAAAUGACAAUUACAUUUAGCCUGAAUUUCAGCGUACAUUGCAGCAGGCAGCGUGCUAGCCCUGGGAGAUUGGAACAUUCUAUGCUACAAUUUUCAUUACAUGUAACAUAUUCAAGAAGCAAUCUGGCCCCUUUUUGUACUCUUCUGACAUUCAAAAGAACAUAAUCUAUUAAGUUAAAAAGCAUUUUAUGCAUGGUUAAAACCCCAAACCUAGGCAGAAGUCCUAAUUAAAACUCGAACAAAAGGUUAGAUUUUUGGAUGUCAUCAAAGGAAGAUGUAACUCUUUCUUUGUUUUCAUGAGGCUAGAAAGUUUGUAGUACUGGAACAAAAAUCUAUUUCAAAUCUGAUGGCAUAUACACCUUAAAUGCCACAUUUUCGAUGUGCUGUUGUACUCUGUUCUGCUUAUCUGUAUAGUGUUCUUUGCCUCCCCAACCCCUUUUUCUUUAAUUAACUAAACAGCAGGUGUUUGGAAAAAGAUUGCAGAUAUAAGCAUAGUGGCUAUACUUUGGAAAAGUAUACAUUUGUGAGUUUUUCAUAGCUUUAUCCAGGAAAUGUGAAAUUGAUUUAUAAGAAUGGUGUGUGACUGUAUAUAAAGGAAGAAUAUUAGAAUAUUCUUUUAAAUAAUGUACUUUCAUGUUUCUCCUAAGGGGUUUUUGCAAAAUGUUAUAAAAAUUACUUGCAAUCAUUUAGCUAUUUUUAGUCCACUAUUCAUUAUUAGCAUUGAUAAUUUACUUAGGUUUGUUCAUGACUGGGAUCCAGCUUAAACAUAGUCAUUAUUUUCUUUAAAUGUCCAGUGUUUUCAGCUUCCCAUGUGUUGUUUACAUUUGCAUUGUUUUAAUGAUUGUAUUAUAAGGGAAACAGUUGUGUUUUAUAUGAUACUCAAAGGAUGUUUGUAAAUCAUACUGUCUUCAUUUUGUAAAUCACAUUGUAAACCCAAGGGUAAUUCAAUUGGAGGAGACAGUCAGUGGGCUGGCAUACAAAAGGGAAUGAUUUAAAACUUGUGGGCCUCUAAAUAAACUCCUAUGUACAGAUUGC